AUGGAUAUCUUGGUUCAGUCCUUGUAUGCCGGCCUCUAUCACAAGGGUUAUUUUCGAAUCCUCAAGGGUUCGGACGGGCUGCAAGACUGCCGUCUUAUUCGUGGUGGGCGUGGACGCGUCCCAACGCCCCUCUUUUGUCGAGUCAAUGGACAUGCCAGCCUUACGUGGUCCAAACAAGAUGUCAGGAAGAAGCAGCAGGAAACCAGGGAGAUGUCAAAAUGUCGAAGUUGGGCCGUUACGUUGAAGUUCUUCUCGGACGAGGAAGCUGGACAAACAGAGGGGGCAGGCUCCGUGGUCGGAGAGGAAUAA